AGUGCGCGUGCGCAGGGGAGGGGGAGGCCGCGGGUCCGGCCAAUUCCUCUCGGCCACAUCGCCUUUGCCGCCCUCCCCGUUUCCUGCCCCGCAGGCCGACCCUCCUUUUCUGAGGAUUCGACCAGCUUGGGCCUCGGAGACCAUCCCGCGAUGAAGAACCAAGACAAAGGGAGCCACGCCGCCCGGCCGCCCGCGAGCCCGGCCAAGACAAACAGCGCCCCGGGGCCGGACGAAGCGGAUCCGGCAGCCGCCGCCGCCACCGCGCCGGAGUCGUCGGGCCGGUCUGGGCCGGCCAACUCGGCCCGGACGACGGACGGGGAUCCCAAAGGCCACGCCGGCCAAGGGCGGGCGAAGAACGGGGCUCCGCCGGCCGCCGCGGGAGAGGGUAAGGCCAAGACUCCGCAGCCGGUCCCUCGAGAUGUGGCGGAGGAGCUGAGCAGGCAGCUGGAAGACAUCUUGAACACCUACUGCGUGGACGCCAACCAGGAAGGGCCCGCGGAAGACGGGGGCCAGAGCGAGCCCCCCGAGCCGGAUGAGGCGGAGAAGGGCCGCGGCGAGCCGGUGCGGAACGGGGAGCGGGAGCCCGGGUGCCCCGAGGUCAACGGGGAGAAGGAGGGCCCCAAGCGGGAGGCCGGCAACGUGGAAGAGGUCCGAGCCAGCGACGAGGCAGGAGACCGAGACCACAAACGGGUGCAGGAGAGGAAGAAGGCCAAAGGGCUGGGGAAGGAGAUUACGCUGCUCAUGCAGACGCUCAACACCCUGAGCACCCCGGAGGAGAAGCUGGCAGCCCUGUGCAAGAAAUACGCCGAACUGCUGGAGGAGCACAGGAAUGCCCAAAAGCAGGUGAAGAUUUUGCAGAAGAAGCAGACGCAGCUGGUGCAGGAGAAGGACCACCUGAGGGGCGAGCACAACAAGGCCAUCCUUGCUCGCAGCAAGCUGGAGAGCCUGUGCCGCGAGCUGCAGCGGCACAACCGCACCCUCAAGGAGGAAGGCGUCCAGCGGGCCCGCGAGGAAGAGGAGAAGAGGAAGGAAGUGACUUCCCACUUCCAGGUGACACUAAACGACAUCCAGCUCCAAAUGGAGCAGCACAACGAGCGAAACUCCAAACUGCGCCAGGAGAACAUGGAGCUGGCCGAGAGGCUGAAGAAGCUCAUCGAGCAGUACGAGCUGCGGGAGGAGCAUAUAGACAAGGUCUUCAAACACAAGGAUCUGCAGCAGCAGCUGGUGGAUGCCAAGCUCCAGCAGGCGCAGGAGAUGCUGAAGGAGGCCGAGGAGCGGCACCAGCGCGAGAAGGACUUCCUCCUGAAAGAGGCCGUGGAAUCCCAGAGGAUGUGCGAGCUGAUGAAACAGCAGGAGACCCACCUCAAGCAGCAGCUGGCCUUGUACACGGAGAAGUUUGAGGAGUUCCAGAACACCCUGUCCAAAAGCAGCGAGGUGUUCACCACGUUUAAACAGGAAAUGGAAAAGAUGACUAAAAAGAUCAAGAAACUGGAGAAAGAGACGACCAUGUACCGGUCCCGGUGGGAGAGCAGCAACAAGGCCCUGCUGGAGAUGGCUGAGGAGAAAACACUGCGCGACAAGGAGCUGGAAGGCCUGCAGGGGAAGAUCCAGCGGCUGGAGAAGCUCUGCCGGGCCCUGCAGACCGAGCGCAAUGACCUGAACAAGAAAGUGCAGGACCUGAGCGCCCAGGCCCCCCCCCAGGACCCGGCCGCCGCCCGCCGCCCGGACCAGCCCCACGAGCCAGGCAGCGAGGAGCCAGCGGCCGACAGCCUUCGACAGCCUGGCCCGGGAGCUCCGGGCCAGGCAGGUACAGCGCCCGCCGCGCCCUCCGCGGACUAGACCCCGGAGGAGCCCGGGGAGGGUGGC